GAACGUAGUGUUUAAGCGUGGCUUAAAUUCUCUUUGGCAAUAGCGGAUAGCCAUAUUUUCAUUUUCUCAUGAUUUCAGUGAUCGUUGCGUAGAAUAUUUACUCUCUAGUAUCGAUUUUCGAUCAUUAUUCACAAUAAAUUACUUAUUACACACUAAUCAUUCUGCCAACGCUUAGGUUUGUCUUAAUUGACGAAUACAAAUUAAUGGUAAAAAAUUGCGUCGAAUAGCCUAUAAAUAGGUUCAAAACUUGUCUGCUCUUACUCAUGGAGUUUUCUUCAUUCGUUCUCCCAAUCACGAAAAACAUGUGCAGAACUUGUUUAUCGGAUCUCAAUUCUGAUGCAGAUACUUCUUUGUUCAUGAAUAUUCAGGAUGUUGUAGAGCACGAAACAGUUAAAGUCAAGCUCAUAGAUAUUUUGGUUUUUCUUAAUUGUUUACAGCAUAACGACGAAGAUAAUUGGCCACAAGGAAUGUGCGCGACAUGUAUAUCAACAGCUCUGAUGGCUUAUAAUUUUAAGUUAAAUUGUCUAAAGGCAAAUGCAACUAUUUCACAGAUAUUUACCUUACAGACUCAAAGCUUGGAAAGUUCUGAUAUAGAUAAUAUUGAUAUAAGUGUGGUCUAUCAAGAUCAUGAAUAUGAAUUGCCAUUCUUUAGUAGCCAAUCUGUUUUAGAAUUGGAUUCUUUGCAAGAAAACAAAGAAAUUAUCCCACUGCCCCCCGUCACAGAAAUCACAUCAACAGAACACCCCCCAAGAAAAGAAGGAGAAAAGAAAUAUGCUUGCAACUCAUGUGGAAAAUCAUUCACACGAAUUAAUGGAUUAAAAAAUCACAUCUCAAAGCAUAAUGAUUACCCUAAACAUCUUUGUUCUACAUGUGGUAAAUGUUUUUUUACACGAAGUGGACUGAAUCAACAUUUAAUAUCUCAUAGAGAAACAGCUCAGUUUAAGUGUGGAUUUUGCAAUAAGACAUAUAAAUCACGACAAUCUUUGAAAGACCACUUUAGAAUAGCACACUCAAGCAAUCGUAAGCACUUUGUUUGUGUGACUUGUGGUAAGAGUUAUACAGCAAAAUCAACAUUAUCAAUGCAUUUGAAAACUCACACAGGGCAUAAUCACUAUAAUUGUCCAUUAUGUCCAAAAAGUUAUACUCGAAAGUCAUAUUUAAAAGCUCACACUUUGGCCAAGCACACAGGAGAGUCUAGGCCGAAACCAUUUUUAUGCAAUUGUGAAGGAUGUGGUAGGAGUUUUUCAACAAAAUACUCGCUUCUGGUUCAUAUUGCACAUGCACAUACAGCAGAACGGCCUCAUAAAUGUGAAAUUUGUUCAAAACAAUUUCCUACAGUUUCUGGGCUAAGAGUACAUAAGGGGUCACAUCUUGCUAAACAAUAUGUCACAUGUGAAAUUUGUCAUAAAAAUCUACCAAAUAAAAGAAAACUUCAAAAACAUAUGAAUCUUCAUGGAGUGGAUCAAUAGCUUCAUGUAAUAAUCACCUUAAUUUUAUUGUAAUUAUUAUGAUUUCAAUAUAAACAUAGUUAUGUACAUUAUAUAUAUCCUAAAAUAAAAUUAGUAUUUCUAACAA